AUGAAAAAGCUGAAACAGAUCAGUGUUCCAGUUUGGGAAUAUCUUGAUAGGUUUGAUCCAGCUCCAAUAGCACAAGGCUCAAGUCGAAUGAACUUACGGCCAACCCCAUCUGUUGGUUCGGGUCAAUCUACUUCAACGAACCUAGGUGUAUUAACAGGAGUAUCAGUUGAGACCAUGGCUGCAGCAACUUCAGGGACUACAGCAAGACUUUUUAACACUAUUGUUUUGUUAGUAUGUGUGCCACCGUGUAAAUUCUGUGGUCUGUUUGACGGAGUUAAUCUUUCCUUCGCCCGCAGGCUUCAGGACUUGGCUGGCUAUGGAGUAGCUGUAGCCGUUUCCAAAGAAUUUGAGGGUUCAUUUCGUGGUCUCACAUAUAAAUCUCCACUGCUUGAUCUUAUGAUCAAAAGUGGGAGAAAUGGCAAAAACAAUGGGAAAGGAUACUACAUUUAUGAAAAGGGUAGCAAGCCAAAACCCGAUCUUUCAAUACUACCAAUUGUUGAAGAGUCGAGAAGACUUGCCAAUAUUAUGCCUGGUGGAAAGCCUAUAUCUAUUACUGACCAAGAGAUUGUAGAGAUGAUCCUCUUUCCAAUAGUGAACGAGGCAUGCCGUGUAUUAGAUGAAGGAAUAGUUAUUCGAGCAUCAGACCUUGACAUUGCUUGUGUUCUUGGGAUGAGCUUCCCAAAUUACAGGGGUGGCGUUGUUUUCUGGGCGGACUUGGUUGGGGCGAAGCAUGUAUAUAACAGCCUAAAGAAAUGGUCAGAAUUAUAUGGUAACUUCUAUAAGCCAUCAAGGUAUCUGGAGGAAAGGGCAAUUCAGGGCAUUCCUUUGGUAAGACUCUAUAUCUGUUAUUAUCUAUUUGAAUUUCAUGGAACUUAGUAUUGUCAAUUUCCUUUGUACAUGAGACAAAAAAAUAUGUUAAAUUGACAUAGUUACCUUAGGAUAUUUGGAUACCUAAAGUUGAAAAACCAAGAAAUUUUUGAAACUGUAACUGAUGCAAAUAAGUAUUUUCCUUAUAGUAAACUUAAUAUGUUUACUUUAAUUUUCGCUUCUAAAUGAUA